ACAGUUCAUUCUGAAAGCGGGGAUCGAAGGAUCGCCCGCUGAGGAACGUUUUUGAAAAUACUUUGAGAGAGUCUAAGACUCGGGAUGGGCGACUCCUUGGACGGCUCCGGGGAACCGUCCCCGGAGUCUCAAAAUAUCGCGAUCGUUGAUUAUCAUGCGUUCGCUAAUUAUCUUUGUAGAGCGGUUAAAGUUCUAUCUCCUGACGAAGACGUGGUGCCACCCGCUUUUAACUUGGCACUCGAAGAUAAGAAUAAUCAGGAAUCCAUAAGAAAGUUUAUCGGAGACUCACAGAUCUGGGCACUUUUUAUUCAAAGGGCCUCGAGUAAAGAGGAAGAUGGAGGAGAGGGAGAUGAAGAAAAAGAAAAUACAUGUUAUUAUAUAUCAAAUGAGAUACACUUUAGUAAUCCUAAAAUGGCCUCCAUAGUUCUAACUAAACGUGGUACCGUAGUUGAGGCUGAUAAAUCUAUCCAUUCUCAAUUACGGUUGGUCACAUUCUCGGAUGGGCCACCAUAUGAAACUUUGCAUGCUAUGAGUAAAACAAUGGCACCUUACUUCAAGAGUUAUGUGAAAGAAACUGGUAGAGCCGAUAGGGAUGGAGACAAAAUGGUACCUUCGGUUGAAAAGAAAAUAGCACAACUUGAAAUGGGUCUGUUACAUUUGCAACAAAACAUCGACAUACCAGAGAUUACGUUGCAAGUUCAUCCUUUGAUAGCAUCUGUUACCAAACAAUGCGCUGAAGAAAAUAGAAGACCAAAGGUUUCAGAUUUUGGUGAUAAAGUAGAAGAUUCAACAUUUUUAAAUCAAUUACAAAAUGGUGUUAAUAGAUGGAUAAAAGAAAUUCAAAAGGUAACAAAGUUAAAUCGUGAUCCAGAAUCUGGAACUGCAUUGCAAGAAAUUUCAUUCUGGUUGAAUCUUGAAAGAGCUCUACAUCGAAUUCAAGAAAAACGAGAAAGCGUUGAAAUCUCUUUAACUCUUCGCAUUCUCAAGCACGGAAAACGUUUUCAUGCAACUGUGAGCUUUGACACGGAUACAGGAUUGAAACAAGCAUUAGCCACAGUAAAUGAUUAUAAUCCUCUGAUGAAAGAUUUUCCUAUCAAUGACCUAUUAUCUGCAACAGAAUUAGAAAGAAUAAGAGCAGCUGUACAACAAAUCUUUAUGCAUUUAAGAAAGAUCAGAAGUACCAAGUAUCCAAUACAGAGAGUACUGAGAUUGGUAGAAGCAAUCUCUAGAGACUUGAGUCAACAACUUCUCAAGGUAUUAGGUACGCGAAGACUCAUGCACAUUCCAUUUGAUGAAUUUGAGAAAGUAAUGAGUCAAUGCUUCGAAGUGUUUAUAUCGUGGGACGAUGAAUACGAUAAAUUAACAGGAUUAUUACGUGAUGUAAUAAAGAAAAAACGAGACGAACAAAUGAAAAUGGUUUGGCGAAUUUUACCAGCUCAUAAAAAAUUGCAAACUCGAAUGGAACACAUGCGACGUUUCCGUAGGCAACACGAACAACUUAGAACGGUCAUUGUACGUGUACUUAGACCAACAGUUUGCCAAAACAAUAAUACUGCUACUAUAGAGAAUGCAGACAACGACAACGUAAAAGUAGAGUUUGCUUUAGAUGCUGCAGACGCAAAUGCAAUCAGUGAAGUUAAUUUGGCAUAUGAAAAUGUUAAAGAAGUUGAUUGUCUUGAUAUUACCAAAGAGGGUGGUGAAUCUUGGGAUGCUGCUGUGCACAGAUACGAAGAGCGAAUAGAACGUGUAGAGGCUCGAAUCACGGCACAUCUUAGAGAUCAGCUGGGUACUGCAAAAAAUGCUAAUGAAAUGUUUAGAAUCUUUUCUAGAUUUAAUGCCCUAUUUGUAAGAUCACAUAUACGUGGUGCUAUUAGGGAAUAUCAAACACAAUUGAUUCAGAGAGUGAAAGAUGAUAUUGAGGCACUUCACGAGAAGUUCAAGGUUCAGUAUGCACAAAGUAAAUGUUGCAGAAUGAGUAUGGUUAGAGACUUACCACCUGUUGCUGGAUCUAUAAUAUGGGUAAAACAAAUAGAUUAUCAACUUACUAUGUAUUUAAAACGUGUUGAAGAUGUUUUAGGCAAGGGUUGGGAAAAUCAUAUAGAGGGUCAGAAAUUGAAAGCAGAUGGUGAUAGUUUUCGUAUGAAAUUGUCAACGCAAGAAAUAUUUGAUGAUUGGGCUCGGAAAGUUCAGCAACGAAACUUAGGCGUUACUGGUCGAAUAUUUGCAAUAGAAAGUAUACGUUCAAGAACGAGUCGUGGAAAUGUAUUAAAAUUGAAAGUGAAUUUUCUUCCUGAAAUUAUUACUCUUUCUAAAGAAGUAAGAAAUUUACGAAAUCUUGGUUUCCGUGUACCGUUGGCUAUUGUAAAUAAAGCGUAUCAAGCCAACCAGCUAUAUCCCUUUGCCAUUAGCUUGAUUGAGAGCAUUAGGACAUAUGAGAGAACACUUGAAAAGCUUACCAAUCGGAGUCCCCACUGUCCCGCAUUAAAGAUCGAGGAUAAGGCCAGUAUCAUACCAUUGGUUGCGGGUAUGCGGAAAGAUGUUUUAUCACUUAUUUCUGAGGGCAUUGCUUUAAUUUGGGAAAGUUAUAAACUUACUCAGUAUGUGCAACGUCUGUCAGAUGUAGUCGUUUCUUUCCAAGAAAAAGUCGAAGAUCUUUUGGUUGUUGAAGAACAAUUGGACGUGGAUGUUCGUUCUUUGGAAACUUGUCCUUAUUCUGCAAAUACUUUUGCUGAUAUAUUAUCGAAAAUUCAAAAGUCUAUCGAUGAAUUGUCUUUGAAAAAUUAUUCCAAUUUGCACAUAUGGGUUGCAAGAUUAGACGAAGAAGUAGAGAAAAAUUUAGCAGCAAGAUUGGAAGCUGGAAUUAAAGCAUGGACUGAUGCUCUUACUGGGCGAAAAAAAGAAGUAGAUUUAAGUAUGGAUACAGACGCACCUGCACAGCCGACACAUAAGCCAGGUGGUGAUCCAAAAAUUCAAAAUCAAAUACACGAAGUUAGAAUCACAAAUCAAACGAUGUAUCUAUAUCCGAGCAUCGAAGAUGCAAGAUUUCAGAUAAUGCAACAGCUAUUUGCAUGGCAGGCUAUUGUUACUUCUCAAAUACGUCUUCAAAGUUCUAGAUAUCAGGUAGGUUUGGAUAAACCUGAAUCAGGUACUUAUAGAAAUCUACUUACUAAAUUACCCGCCGGAAAACAACCAUUAGAAGCUGCUUAUGAGGCAGUAGAAUCGAAAAUGAAGGAUGUGGCUGAUUAUGUAGAUCAAUGGCUACGAUAUCAAGCUUUAUGGGAUCUUCAACCAGAUAAUCUUUAUGGAAAAUUGGGAGAAAAUAUUAAUUUAUGGAUGAAAUGCUUAAAUGAUAUCAAGAAGACAAGGACAACUUUCGAUACUUCAGAUACUAGACGUGAAUUUGGACCUGUUAUUAUAGAUUUUGCUAAAGUACAGAGUAAAGUGUCUUUGAAAUAUGAUUCAUGGCACAAGGAAACUUUGGGUAAAUUCGGAACUCUUCUCGGCAACGAGAUGGCAAGUUUCCAUGCACAAGUAUCCAAAUCUAGAAGUGAUUUAGAACAACAAUCUAUUGAAGCAGCAAGUACGUCAGAUGCAGUAGGUUUCAUUACAUAUGUGCAAUCUCUUAAACGUAAAAUGAAAGUUUGGGAAAAACAAGUUGAUAUAUACAGAGAGGGUCAGAGAAUUCUCGAACGUCAAAGAUUCCAAUUCCCAUCCUCUUGGUUGCACGUAGAUAAUAUAGAAGGCGAAUGGGGUGCAUUCAAUGAAAUAAUUAAGAGAAAGGAUACGAGUAUUCAAACGCAAGUUGCUUCUCUGCAAAUGAAAAUUGUUGCGGAAGAUAAAGCUGUUGAAACAAGAACGAUCGAUUUUCUUAGCGACUGGGAGAGAGGUAAGCCAGUGGAAGGCCAUUUACGUCCUGACGAUGCUUUACAACAACUUCAACUAUUCGAAAGUAAAUUUGCAAGGCUCAAGGAAGAGAGAGACAAUGUCGCAAAGGCAAAAGAGGCCUUGGAAUUACAAGAACCAGGUGGUGUCUCUACUAGCGAGGAUAGAAUGCAAGUAGUAUUUGAGGAACUUCAAGAUUUAAGAGGAGUAUGGUCCGAAUUAUCUAGAAUUUGGGCACAAAUAGAUGAAACUCGUGAGAAACCGUGGCUGUCGGUCCAACCACGAAAGUUACGUCAACAAUUGGACACAAUGAUGGCUCAAUUAAAAGAAUUACCGGCAAGACUUAGACAAUAUUCUUCGUACGAGUAUGUGAAGAAGAUGUUGCAGAAUUAUACUAAGGUCAAUAUGCUUAUCGUGGAAUUAAAAUCCGAUGCAUUAAAGGAAAGACAUUGGAAACAAUUGACGAAACAACUUAGAGUAAAUUGGGUAUUGAGUGAGCUUACUCUAGGUCAAGUAUGGGAUGUAAAUCUACAAAAGAAUGAAUCUAUUGUGAAAGAUAUUAUUUUAGUUGCUCAGGGUGAAAUGGCAUUGGAAGAAUUUUUGAAACAAGUAAGAGAAUCUUGGCAAACUUAUGAAUUGGACUUGUUAAACUAUCAAAAUAAAUGUAGAUUGAUACGUGGUUGGGACGAUUUGUUUAAUAAAGUGAAAGAACAUAUUAAUUCGGUAGCUGCUAUGAAACUCUCCCCAUAUUAUAAAGUAUUUGAAGAAGAAGCUUUAACUUGGGAAGAAAAAUUGAAUAGAAUUAAUGCAUUAUUUGAUGUUUGGAUAGACGUACAAAGACGUUGGGUUUAUCUCGAGGGAAUUUUCUCUGGGAGCGCGGAUAUCAAAACUUUAUUACCAGUGGAAACAUCACGAUUCCAAAGCAUUAGUUCUGAAUUUCUUGGUUUGAUGAAGAAGGUAUCUAAAUCUCCUAUGGUCAUGGAUGUUUUGAACAUACCUGGUGUACAAAGAGCUCUCGAACGUUUAGCAGAUUUACUUGGAAAGAUACAGAAAGCUCUUGGAGAAUAUUUAGAGAGAGAACGAACCUCCUUCCCAAGAUUUUACUUUGUCGGUGAUGAAGAUUUAUUGGAAAUUAUUGGUAAUAGUAAAAAUAUUGCAAGACUACAGAAACACUUUAAGAAGAUGUUUGCUGGUGUAACAGCUAUUCUUUUGAACGAAGACAACACGAUCAUCACUGGUAUAGCUUCGCGAGAAGGUGAAGAAGUUAUUUUCCAAACGCCGGUAUCUACCAUCGAUCAUCCAAAGAUCAAUGAAUGGCUAACUCUUGUUGAAAAAGAAAUGCGCGUUACUUUAGCAUCGAGCCUCAUGAAAGCGGUACAAGAUAUAAAACAAUUCAAAGACGGCAAUAUUAAUGCACAAGCAUUCAUGAGUUGGUGUGAUAAUUUCCAAGCUCAAAUCAUCGUACUUGCUGCACAAAUUUUAUGGUCCGAGGAUGUAGAAGCUGCUCUUCACGAGGCUCAAAGUGAUCCAAGUAAAAAUCCAUUGGAGAGAGUACUUCUUCAGGUUGAGGGUACUUUGAACGUUUUAGCAGACUCGGUACUACAAGAGCAACCACAAUUAAGACGAAAAAAGUUGGAACAUUUGAUCAACGAAUUUGUACAUAAACGUACGGUUACGAGAAGAUUGAUUGCUAACAAAGUAUCAAAUCCAAAAGCAUUUGAAUGGCUUUGCGAAAUGCGUUUUUACUUCGAUCCCAGGCAAACUGAUGUCUUGCAACAACUUACAAUUCAUAUGGCAAAUGCCAAAUUCUAUUAUGGAUUCGAAUACUUAGGUGUGCAAGACAGAUUGGUUCAAACACCUUUAACCGAUCGAUGCUAUUUAACUAUGACGCAAGCUUUGGAAGCAAGACUUGGUGGUUCUCCAUUUGGACCAGCUGGUACUGGAAAAACAGAAUCUGUAAAGGCUUUGGGUCAUCAACUUGGAAGACUCGUAUUAGUUUUCAAUUGCGACGAAACAUUUGAUUUUCAGGCCAUGGGUCGUAUAUUUGUUGGUCUUUGCCAAGUCGGAGCAUGGGGUUGUUUCGACGAAUUUAAUCGGCUCGAAGAACGUAUGUUAUCAGCAGUUUCUCAACAAGUUCAGACUAUCCAAGAAGCUCUCAAGAGUCAAAUGGAAGGAAAGAGAGAAGGAACUCUUUGCGUAGAAUUAGUUGGAAAACAAGUUAGAGUUUCUACAGAUAUGGCAAUAUUCAUUACAAUGAAUCCUGGUUAUGCUGGCCGUUCAAAUUUGCCAGAUAAUUUGAAGAAAUUAUUCAGAUCUUUGGCAAUGACUACGCCGGACAGACAAUUAAUUGCAGAAGUCAUGCUUUUCAGUCAAGGCUUUAGAUCGGCUGAAAAAUUGGCUUGUAAAAUUGUACCAUUUUUCAAAUUGUGCGACGAACAACUUUCCAAUCAAUCCCAUUAUGACUUUGGUUUGAGAGCCUUAAAAUCUGUACUAAUAUCUGCUGGAAAUGUUAAACGUGACCGUAUUCAAAAGAUUAAGGAAGGCAUGCAUGGCCGUGGCGAAACGAAUAUAGAUGAAGCUUCUAUCGCGGAAAAUCUACCCGAACAAGAAAUCCUAAUUCAAUCAGUUUGUGAAACAAUGGUACCAAAAUUGGUGGCUGAAGAUAUUCCAUUGUUAUUUAGCUUACUAAACGAUGUUUUCCCUAACGUUAAUUAUACUCGUGCUGAAAUGAAAGGCUUAAAAGAUCAAAUUAGAAAAGUAUGCGCGGAAGAGUAUCUCGUCUGCGGCGAAGGCGAUGAACAAGGAGGAGCCUGGCAAGAAAAGGAAAUGAUAGGCGAAACUUGGAUAGAGAAGGUUCUACAAUUGUAUCAAAUUUGUAAUUUGAAUCAUGGCUUAAUGAUGGUUGGUCCAAGUGGUUCAGGAAAAACAAUGGCAUGGAAAGUAUUACUAAAAGCCUUAGAACGAUUCGAAGGAAUAGAAGGAGUAGCUCACGUUAUAGAUCCUAAAGCCAUCAGCAAGGAAACAUUAUAUGGUGUUUUAGAUCCGAACACGCGCGAAUGGACAGACGGCUUGUUCACUCAUAUUCUUCGGAAAAUAAUAGACAACGUGAGAGGCGAAAUAAAUAAACGGCAAUGGAUUAUAUUUGACGGAGAUGUAGACCCUGAAUGGGUUGAAAAUCUUAAUUCAGUCUUAGAUGACAAUAAACUACUUACAUUACCAAACGGUGAACGUUUAAGUUUACCUCCUAACGUAAGAGUGAUGUUCGAGGUACAAGAUUUAAAGUAUGCUACAUUGGCAACAGUUUCUCGUUGCGGUAUGGUAUGGUUCUCUGAAGAUGUCCUGUCAACGGAAAUGAUUUUCGAAAAUUACAUGUUACGUUUAAGAAACAUUCCAUUAGAAGAUGGCGAGGAGGAGCCUCUUAGCAAGAAAACUGCAGAAAAGGAAGAUAGCGUUUCACCUGCAUUAUCGGUACAAAGGGAAGUUGCUAGUAUUUUACAAAGUUAUUUUGCACCAGAUGGAUUGGUGGUAAGGUGCUUGGAAUAUGCUAUGAAGCAAGAGCAUAUAAUGGACUUUACAAGAUUAAGAGCCCUUAGCUCGCUUUUCUCGAUGUUAAAUCAAGCAGUUCGUAACGUUUUGCAAUACAAUCAUAGUCAUAUUGAUUUUCCAUUGCCAAGCGAACAACUGGAACGUUAUAUGCCAAAAUGUUUAAUCUACGCAUUGCUAUGGAGUUUUGCUGGAGAUGCUAAAUUAAAAGUUAGAUCAGAUUUAGGAGAUUUUAUUAGAUCAAUUACGACUGUACCUUUGCCAGCACAAAGUAACAUUCCAAUUAUAGAUUUUGAAGUAAAUAUACACGGCGAAUGGCUACCGUGGAGUAACAAGGUACCUCAAAUCGAAGUAGAAACCCAUAAAGUUGCCACUCCAGAUAUUGUAGUACCUACUUUGGACACGGUACGACAUGAAAGUCUUUUGUAUACGUGGUUAGCCGAGCAUAAACCAUUAGUACUCUGUGGUCCACCGGGUUCAGGAAAGACUAUGACUCUUUUCUCUGCUCUAAGAGCCUUACCUGAUAUGGAAGUCGUUGGUCUCAACUUUUCAUCCGCUACAACUCCUGAAUUAUUACUUAAAACGUUUGAUCAUUAUUGUGAAUAUCGCAAGACACCUAACGGUGUUGUACUUUCUCCCGUACAAUUAGGAAAAUGGCUAGUUUUAUUCUGCGAUGAAAUAAAUUUACCUGAUAUGGACAAUUAUGGAACGCAACGUGUAAUAUCGUUUUUGAGGCAACUCGUUGAACAUAGAGGCUUUUAUAGAACGAGCGAUCAAGCAUGGGUCACGCUAGAAAGAAUUCAAUUCGUUGGAGCUUGUAAUCCACCAACAGAUCCAGGCAGAAAACCGCUCAGUCAUAGAUUUUUACGGCAUGUGCCAGUAAUUUACGUCGAUUAUCCCGGAGAAACAUCUUUGAAACAAAUUUAUGGAACAUUUACACGUGCUAUGCUCAGAUUGACUCCUUCUUUGAGAGGCUACGCAGAACCUUUGACAAACGCUAUGGUAGAAUUUUAUUUAGCCUCUCAAGAAAGAUUUACUCAAGAUAUGCAACCUCAUUAUGUUUAUUCUCCACGUGAAAUGACACGUUGGGUACGUGGAAUUUGUGAGGCUAUAAGACCUUUGGAUAAUCUUUCAGUCGAAGGUUUAGUUCGUUUAUGGGCACACGAAGCACUCCGUCUUUUCCAAGAUAGACUCGUAGAGGAUUCUGAACGAGCAUGGACGAACAAAAAUAUUGACACUGUAGCUAUGAAACAUUUCAUGGGUGUGGAUAAGGAAAGGGCUUUGACUAGACCAAUUUUAUACAGUAAUUGGUUGUCGAAGGAUUAUGUACCUGUAAACAGACAGGAAUUAAGAGAUUAUGUUCGAGCCAGAUUAAAAGUAUUUUACGAAGAAGAAUUGGAUGUUCCGUUAGUUCUAUUUGAUGAAGUAUUAGAACAUGUUUUACGAAUCGACAGAAUUUUCCGACAGCCUCAGGGACACUUGUUACUUAUUGGUGUCUCUGGCGCUGGUAAGACGACUCUGUCUAGAUUCGUAGCAUGGAUGAAUGGGCUUUCCAUUUUUCAAAUAAAGGUUCAUAAUAAAUACACUGGUGAAGAUUUUGACGAAGAUUUGCGUCAAGUAUUAAGGCGAUCUGGUUGCAAAGAUGAAAAAAUAGCAUUCAUUCUUGACGAAUCAAACGUUCUAGAUUCUGGUUUCUUAGAACGUAUGAAUACCCUGUUAGCUAAUGGCGAGGUACCUGGAUUAUUUGAAGGCGAUGAAUAUACGACUCUUAUGACUCAAUGUAAGGAAGGAGCACAAAGAGAAGGUCUAAUGUUAGACUCUAACGAAGAAUUAUACAAAUGGUUUACUGGUCAAGUUAUGAAAAAUUUACAUGUCGUAUUUACAAUGAAUCCAAGCACCGACGGACUCAAAGAUCGUGCUGCGACAUCUCCAGCGUUGUUCAACAGAUGUGUCUUGAAUUGGUUUGGAGAUUGGUCAGAUAAUGCGCUAUUCCAGGUUGGCAAAGAAUUUACUAGUCGAGUUGAUCUAGAAAGACCAUCCUGGAAGUGUCCAGAUUUCUUCCCUUCUGUCUGUUCACUUAUUCCAUCUCAACCAUCGCACAGAGAUGCUGUAAUAAAUGCAUGCGUUUAUGUGCAUCAAACAUUACACAAAGCAAACACAAGAUUAACUAAGAGAGGUGCAAGAACAAUGGCAAUUACUCCUCGUCAUUAUCUUGAUUUUAUUAAUCAUUUCGUUAAAUUGUAUCAAGAAAAAAGAAGUGACCUGGAAGAACAACAAUUGCAUUUAAAUGUUGGAUUAAGUAAAAUCGCUGAGACGGUCGAACAAGUGGAAGAGAUGCAAAAGAGUUUGGCAGUCAAAUCGCAAGAAUUGCAAGCUAAGAACGAAGCUGCCAAUGCUAAAUUAAAACAGAUGGUUAAGGAUCAGCAAGAGGCAGAGAAGAAGAAAGUACAGAGUCAAGAAAUCCAACAGCAGCUUGCUAUACAAACGGUUGCUAUUAAUCAAAAGAGAGACGAUGUUAUGGCCGAUCUAGCACAAGUAGAACCAGCUGUUAUUGAUGCACAAAAUGCCGUGAAAUCUAUAAAGAAACAGCAUUUAGUCGAGGUUCGCUCUAUGGCGAAUCCACCAGCUAUUGUGAAGGUUGCAUUGGAGUCUAUCUGCUUAUUGCUCGGUGAAAAUGCCAGUGACUGGAAAUCUAUACGCGCGGUCAUCAUGAGAGACAAUUUUAUCAAUACCAUUGUCUCUAAUUUCAGUACUGAGGAUAUUACUGACGAGGUGAGAGAAAAAAUGAAGAGUCGAUACUUAAGCAAUCCUGAUUAUAACUUUGAAAAAGUCAAUCGUGCUAGUAUGGCUUGUGGACCUUUAGUAAAAUGGGCUACAGCACAGAUUGAAUAUGCUGAUAUGUUGAAACGAGUCGAACCAUUGAGAGAAGAACUUCAUUCAUUAGAACGACAAGCAGAAACGAAUAAAUUAAAGGGAGAAGAAGUAAAGAAUUUAAUUGCCCAAUUGGAACAAAGUAUAGCAUCAUAUAAGGAGGAAUAUGCUCAACUUAUUUCUCAAGCGCAAGCUAUUAAAGCUGAUUUAGAAAGUGUACAAGCUAAAGUAGAUCGAUCGAUCGCUCUAUUAAAAUCAUUGGUCAUCGAAAGAGAACGUUGGGAAGCAACUAGUGAAACGUUUAAGAGUCAAAUGUCUACUAUAAUCGGUGACGUAUUAUUGUCAUCGGCUUUCCUUGCAUACGCUGGUUAUUUCGAUCAACAUUAUCGUCAAAAUCUAUUCACCACAUGGUGCCAGCAUCUUCAACAUGCGAAUUUACAAUUCCGAGCGGAUAUUGCUAGGACAGAAUAUCUGUCUAAUCCAGACGAACGUUUGAGAUGGCAAGCAAACGCAUUGCCUACUGACGACCUUUGCACAGAAAAUGCUAUUAUGCUCAAACGAUUUAACAGAUAUCCUUUGAUAAUCGAUCCUUCAGGACAAGCUACAGAAUUUAUAAUGAACGAGUUUAAGGAUCGAAAGAUAACGAAAACUAGUUUCUUGGAUGAUUCGUUUAGAAAAAAUCUUGAGAGUGCUUUACGAUUUGGUAAUCCAUUGUUGGUACAAGAUGUGGAAAAUUACGAUCCGAUAUUAAAUCCAGUUUUAAACAGAGAACUUAGGAGAACUGGUGGACGCGUGUUAAUCACACUCGGAGAUCAAGAUAUUGAUCUUUCACCUUCCUUUGUAAUAUUUUUGUCGACGAGAGAUCCCACGGUAGAAUUCCCACCGGAUAUCUGUUCUCGUGUUACCUUCGUCAACUUCACCGUCACUAGAAGUUCUUUACAAAGUCAAUGUCUCAAUCAAGUUUUGAAGGCCGAACGUCCGGACAUCGACGAAAAGAGAUCUGAUUUGUUGAAACUUCAAGGAGAAUUCCAUUUGAGAUUAAGACAACUCGAAAAGUCAUUAUUGCAAGCAUUAAACGAUGCCAAAGGCAAGAUCCUUGACGAUGAUUCUGUCAUAACGACUCUCGAGACAUUGAAACAAGAAGCUGCUGAUAUUAGUAAGAAAGUCGAAGAAACUGACAAAGUGAUCGCAGAAAUUGAGACUGUCUCUCAGCAAUAUAUGCCAUUGUCUCAAGCCUGUUCAAAUAUGUACUUCACAAUGGAUAGUCUCAAUCAAGUACACUUCCUGUAUCAAUAUUCUUUAAAAAUGUUUUUGGAUAUAUUUACGUCGGUAUUAUCGCAAAAUCCUAGAUUAAUUAAUAUAACGGAUUAUACACAAAGAUUAUCCGUUAUUACCAGCGAUCUAUUCUCCGUCUGUUAUGAACGAGUUGCUCGAGGAAUGUUGCAUACAGAUAGAUUAACCUUCGCUUUAUUACUUUGCCGUAUUCAUCUAAAGGGCAUAGCCACUGAAUCGACUUACGACAGUGAAUUUACGUUCUUCCUAAGAGGAAAAGAGGGUGUAUUAAAUAUACGUGCACCACCGGUACCCUAUUUAAGUUCGGAACAACAGGAAGCGAUGAUGCGUAUAAGUAUAAGACUUCCAGCUUUCAAAAAGCUUGCAGAGAAGAUACAAGAGAAUAGUGAUUUCGCGGCAUGGCUACAAUCUCCAACGCCAGAGACUUGUGUUCCCAAACUUUGGGAAGAAGAAAAACCAUUGUCACCUAUUGGUACUGCUAUGCAUCAAUUAUUGAUAAUACAAGCGUUCCGACCAGAUCGAGUAAUCGCAGCUGCAUCUUUAGUCGUGAUAUCUGCACUUGGAGAAUCGUUUAUGGCUGCAGCAGAAAUAGAACUUGAUUUUGCUUCCGUCGUAGAGAAUCAACUUAAAGCGACCGUCCCAGCACUACUUUGUUCUGUGCCAGGAUUCGAUGCAUCAAGUAGAGUCGACGAUUUAGCUGCAGAAUUGGGUAAACAGAUAGCAAGCAUUGCCAUUGGCUCUGCCGAAGGUUUCAAUCAAGCUGACAGAGCUAUCAACAUGGCUGUUAAAGCUGGUAGAUGGGUAAUAUUGAAGAACGUACACCUGGCUCCGCAAUGGUUGGUUCAGCUCGAAAAGAAACUCCACAGUUUGCAACCACAUGCCAGUUUUCGUUUAUUCUUAACGAUGGAAAUCAAUCCAAAAGUGCCGGUGAAUUUAUUAAGAGCUGGUAGGAUCUUUGUCUUUGAACCACCUCCUGGUAUAAGAGCAAACUUACUUCGAACGUUCAGCACGGUACCGGCAUCUCGUAUGAUGAAGGCACCUAACGAAAGAGCACGACUUUACUUCCUUCUUGCGUGGUUCCAUGCUAUCGUACAAGAACGUCUUCGUUAUGCUCCUUUGGGAUGGGCGAAGCAUUAUGAAUUCAAUGAAAGUGAUCUUAGAGUUGCCUGUGAUACACUCGAUACUUGGAUAGAAACCACAGCUAUGGGUAGAACCAAUUUACCACCAGAAAAGGUACCUUGGGAUGCUUUGGUGACAUUGCUAUCUCAAUGUAUUUAUGGUGGUAAAAUUGAUAACGAUUACGAUCAACGGCUCUUGACAUCAUUUUUACGAAAAUUAUUCACUCCACGAUCAUUCGAAGCUGACUUUGCGUUGGUUGCUAACGUAGACGGAGCACAAGGAAGUCCAAGACAUAUUACAAUGCCAGACGGCACUAGACGAGAUCAUUUCCUUAAAUGGAUAGAAUCCUUAGCCGAUCGACAGACUCCUUCUUGGCUUGGUUUACCAAACAAUGCUGAAAAAGUACUUUUAACGACCAGAGGAACCGAUUUAAUAUCAAAGUUACUCAAAAUGCAACAAUUAGAAGAUGAGGAUGAAUUGGCAUAUUCCAAUGAGGAAUCAUUGGUUACUCCUAGAGAGGCAGAAGCAGAUGGUCGUCCAUCUUGGAUGAGAACUUUACAUAAUUCAGCGUCCACGUGGUUGCAAUUGUUGCCAAAGAAUUUGCCAACUCUUAAAAGGACAGUGGAAAAUAUUAAAGAUCCUCUAUAUAGAUAUUUCGAAAGAGAAGUUAACAGCGGAGCUAAACUACUACAAGACGUUAUUCAUGACUUAGAAGAUAUUGUAUUAAUCUGUCAGGGUGAAAAGAAACAGACAAAUUAUCACAGAACAAUGUUGUCCGAACUUGUGAAAGGUAUUUUACCAGGCGGUUGGAGAAGAUAUACCGUUCCACGAGGUUGUACUGUGAUACAGUGGAUCACUGAUUUUAGUCAUAGAGUAUCCCAAUUGCAAGAAGUUUCACGACUGGUUUCACAAGGUGGAGCGAAAGAGAUCAAGAGUUUCCCUGUCUGGCUCGGUGGUUUGUUAAAUCCUGAAGCUUAUAUUACUGCGACACGGCAAUGCAUUGCACAGGCUAAUAGUUGGUCUCUCGAAGAGUUGCAAUUAGAUGUAACGAUUGGAGAUGGAGAUAACAUAGCCACUGAUGAUUGUUCGUUCGCAGUGACUGGUCUGAAAUUACAAGGAGCACAAUGUAGAGAUAAUCAAUUAUAUCUUACUUCCACUAUUAUGACAGAUUUGCCAGUUACAAUGUUAAGGUGGAUCCGAUCCUCUACCGAGGAAGCUAGAAAAGGCAAAUUAUCUUUACCAGUAUAUCUAAAUAGUACUCGUACGGAAUUACUUUUCACAGUUGAUUUAAAUAUCGCUCCUAGUCAAGACCCGCACAGCUUUUACGAAAGAGGAGUAGCUGUGUUAACAUCUACUGCUUUGAACUAAUUUUAACUUAUAUUUUCUUUAGUUCAAAAAUCGCGUUUAGAAAACACUUUCGCUGUUAUUAUAAGCAACGAUAAUACAAUUUAUUUCAAAUGAUAUAUAUAUAUAUAGUUGUCUUAAAAGACAAAAUAAUAAUACAAAAGCUUGUAACAUUUUAAUAAUACUAAUUAUAAUAAUAUAAAACAUGUAAAUUCCACGAAGCCGUUGGAUGUAACUUUAAACGUGCAAAAGAUAAAACUAUUUAAUGCGCCUAGCGUUAUUAAAGAAAUAAAAACGUAUUUAUAAAAAAGAAAAAAGAAAAAAAAAAAGAAAAACGAAAAAAAAAGGCAAUGUUUUAACAAAAAGGUUGUAAUAUAUAUAUAUUUCGCUUCUUUUUUUUAUAUACAUUUCUUCUGCUGCUUUGGGAAAUCAUUUGCUCUAACAAAGUUACAUUAUGUUGCUCGGAUGUAAGUAAUAAAGUAACUAUAAUAUUUAUAUCGAUAAUUGAAUGGUAUAUUUAAA